AUGGAGGCCAUCUGGCUGUACCAGUUCCGGCUCAUUGUCAUCGGCGAUUCCACGGUGGGCAAGUCCUGCCUGAUCCGCCGCUUCACGGAGGGCCGCUUUGCUCAGGUUUCAGACCCCACCGUGGGGGUAGAUUUUUUCUCCCGCUUGGUGGAGAUCGAGCCAGGAAAACGCAUCAAGCUCCAGAUCUGGGAUACAGCGGGUCAAGAGAGGUUCAGAUCUAUCACUCGCGCCUACUACAGGAAUUCAGUAGGUGGUCUUCUCUUAUUUGACAUUACCAACCGCAGGUCCUUCCAGAAUGUCCAUGAGUGGUUAGAAGAGACCAAAGUACACGUUCAGCCCUACCAAAUUGUAUUUGUUCUGGUGGGUCACAAGUGUGACCUGGAUACACAGAGGCAAGUGACUCGCCACGAGGCCGAGAAACUGGCUGCUGCAUACGGCAUGAAGUACAUUGAGACGUCAGCCCGAGAUGCCAUUAAUGUGGAGAAAGCCUUCACAGACCUGACAAGAGACAUAUAUGAGCUGGUUAAAAGGGGGGAGAUUUCAAUCCAAGAGGGUUGGGAAGGGGUGAAGAGUGGAUUUGUACCAAAUGUGGUUCACUCUUCAGAAGAGGUUAUCAAAUCAGAGAGGAGAUGUUUGUGCUAGUCAACCCUUCCAUUUUCAAAACAUACCCUCCCACUUGAACUUAAAAGUUAUCAAAAUAAAUAGAAUCCUUAUGUGACUGAAGAGAUCUCAACCUUUGGAUAACAAAUGAGUCUUCUUCCUAGGGGUAGAGCUCUAACAGGCUCAUAUGUGGGUAGAUAGGGAGCCUGGGUGCUUUGAUUGAGGGACUAAAUUGCUGACAUUGGCUAGAUCAGACAAUGUUUUGUGGUCCAGGCUUGGCAAUGAUUGUUCUGUGUGUCCUUUGUGAAGGACCACAUAUUAAGGCUCUAGGGUUUGGGAAGUUAGGUUCAGGAAAACAUACCUACAGAGAGAAAAACUGUUCCUUGGUAUUUCAACUUUUCAGAGGUGGUGACCACAAAGAAACAUAGAAGGAAAACAAGUAACAAAUUGGGGAUAAUUAGGAUAACUGAAAAAAAGAGUAUGAUGUCAAGUUAUUCAAUGAUAAUACCAUGUGUGCUGGGUUUGAUACAAACACACUAAUUCACUUCUAACAGUAACUGUAAAAUGAAUGUUCCAUAUGAAUCAGCUAUUUGAUAAUGCCUUUCAAGGUUAAGCAUUCUAAUAAAAUUGAUGUGAUUCAUAUAUGAAAAGGGAAGUCAUUCACACCUUGUUAUUAAUCACAUUUGAGAAAGUGUACACGCUCAUGAUAGAGUUAACAGUUGUGUGAAAGAAACUGUCCCAUGUAAAAUCAGAAGAAGGAAACAUUGUAGCUCAAAGGCCACAUUCUUUGACCUCUAACCAUACCAGAGAUUUCAUAGCAUCAGGGAGCCACAAUCUGGAGUAAGCAUACUGCCUGCUUCUUUAGGUGCCUGACAGUGACAAUACAGAGAUUGUCUACAAAAAAACAAAAAAAAAACAAAAAAAAAAAACAAAAACAAAAAAAAAAACCUGAGUCAAGCCCUUGAUGGUUGGUUCUGUGCUGAAUAUUUGCUCAACAUGUGGCCCUGGCCCCUGGAACCCCUAAAAUCCUGCAUAUUAAUUCUGUAAUAGGCCUCUGAAAUUUUUUACCCCAGUUUUCAGAAUAAGAAAGCAAGAAAAAGCCCAACAGAUUCCUAGAUUUUUUCACUGGAUCAUAAUGCUGUCACAUGAAUAAAUAAUUAAUUUGUUAACUUUGGAAGUCAGGUGAUUAUAAAUUAAUGUUCUCUACAUGAUAGGAUAUGUUUCCUUGUUGUUUUACAGCUCAGCUAUAAUCCUGCAGGAACCUAGGAAUGAAUCAAAGGUAAAGCCUAUUCAGGUAUCACUGAAAAGAAGGCAUAAAAUAAGGGAUUAACUGCACGACUAAAAACACAUUAAAACUGUGUGGGUUUCUAAGUGUUCUCACAAACUCUAUGAACAUUUUAUUGAAAGGAACAAAAUACAACAAUGGGGAGUGGGAUGGGGAUAAAGUACUCACCCCACAAUGACCUUGGCCACCUGUCUGCUAUGUACCUAUUCUGGGCUCCUGUCUACCCGAGAGAGUCAGCUCUUAAUUCUCAGGUGAACAGACAGCUAACCACAUCAGUAAAUUAGAAUGGCUGACAUGAAAAUUUCAUUAUCUUCUUGAAAAGAAGUGAUGCUUUAAAUUAAUUUUUGGAUUGUAGCCAGUUCAGCUAGGCAAAAGCCAUACUUUUCACAGUAAGAAAACUUCUGAUUAGAGUCAAGUUUCUCAUAUGCAUUGUGGUAGAAAGGUUGACAAAUUGUUUUUGCAAUAUCCUGUUCAAGUUCAGUAUGAAUAUGCAUGAGUUGGAAAAUCUGGGGAAUUUGUUUCAGCUAAAAUAAAACCAAAUAAUAAAGAUUAUGGAAGACCAUUCUGCCACCUUUGCUCCAACUUGGAUAAGCAAAUCAUCUUGGACCAGUUCACAUCAUCAACUGCAGGUGAAGUGAUCAUUUAUUCUGUAUUCAUUUCACAUAGAUUAAAUUGUCAGAUUCUUGGUUGUAGAAGGCAAACAACUUUUUUUGUGGGAACUCAAAAUUUCAACAACUGUACUCAUGUCUAGAUGGUUACUAAGCCAAGAUUAUACCACGGAUAAAUGAGAGUUGUCUAGAUUCUUGUCAACUCAGUGGGGGGGGCAUAGAAAUAAAACAUGUCUACAGUUUUCUUGACUAAAAUACAUUAUAUACUUUCCCAUUUCUGGCUUUUUAACAUGGGGUUUAAAGUACCCAACACAGAUGCAGCAGAGGUGGCUGAACUUAACUGCUUAAAUAAGUUCUAGAAAAACUUUUAAAAAUCAUUUUAGUAGAAUUCAGUGCUGUUGUCACUGCAAUAAGUGGGUUUUAGAAAAUACGUGUGAAAAAUCAGGUGUUCAUAGAAUACUGAGGACAAAGCUUUAGAAGCUAUUUUACUACAUAGAUAAAGAAAAGAUUAACUUGUAACAAUGAUCACAACUGCAUGUUGGAUUAGAUUGUCUUAUAUUCCAGAACAAAAUGUACUGUAUACUUUGCCUCACUUUGUUGUGCGCUGUAAUGAAAUGUGAAAUUCUUUAUUUAGCUGUAUGUGAAUGAAAAUGCUUGUAUUUAGUAAAAUGGUUGAUCAUGUGACUGUGAGAUUCCACAUGUGUGUUGUAGCUAUUUCUAGAAUGUGUCCUUUCAUUGUAGCAAACAAAGAUACCAGUAAAAUACCAAUCAGAUGCUGUAGUGUAUACUAAUAUGAUAUGACAUACUUUGCAUAAACAGACUCAUCAGUAUCUGAAAGCCAAAGAGAGGACACAAUUUCUUAAAGGUAUAUGAUUCUCAUGUUGAAAACCACAGAAAUCUCACUACUUCAUUUUCAGCCCAAGCCAAUAUAUAAAAAGUUGAAUCUGUGAAGCAUAAAACUUCAGCAUUAUAAUUUUUAAUCAAGAGCUAUAAUUUUUCACCAGGAAAGUAGUUAAUUACAACUAUUGUCUUCACUGAAAAGUCUUUUCCAAGCUAAGUUGCCAUUUUUAAAGAUGGCUGUGGCACACUAUAUCAUAUGAGGAGCAUUGCAAGCAUGGGGACUAGAUUGGAACACAGUCAUCUAGCACAUUUUCCAAGUUGGAUAGUGCACAUCUAAGAAAAAUAUAAGAGAAAUGUUUGAUUUUAAAUCUAGGCAUACACAGGCUAAUCUCAACACAGGUUUAUCGCUUUUACAUUCAAGUGAAGCAGCAUUUCAUAGCGUUUUCCACUCUUAAAAUUUUCUCUAGGCUUCAUCAUCUUUUCUUCAUUUAUAUCCCUUGGUGACCUCAGCCAUUCUGUGGUUUUAAAAAACCAUCUCUAAGCCAGUAAGCCCUAGACUGAUAUGUCCAGUUCAUUUAUUACCCACGAACUCCAGACUUUUAUAACCAACCACUUACCUGUCAUCUCCAUUUUAUUCUUCAUUAGCAUCACAAGUUUAACAUGUCCCAAAUGAGGCUCCUGAUCUUCUACUUCAAGCCAUGACAUAACCUUCUCCUGGGUAAAUGGUAACUUUCCCUAUGUAUUCCUAACAAAAGCUUAGUCAUUCUUCUUUCCUUUUCUUUCUUACUCUACCUUUGAUCUAUCUGAAAAUUAUGUUUUCAUCAGAGUAUAACAAUAAUCUGACAACUUUUCAACACCUUCAAUGUUAACACACUGGUGUUGUUUAAUGUUACUUAUCGCCUGAGUAAUUGUGAUAAAACUCUUGCUACCCCUUCCCCUACUACAUUCUAUUAUCCACAUAGCAGCCCAAGAAAGACUGAUGAAGAAGCAUGAGUUGAAAACAGUCACCUACUCAUAAUUUUCCAGUGGUUAUCAAUUUCACUCAACUUAAAGCACAAAGUCCUUCCAAUAGUCUGCAGAAGAAUCAUUAAAAAUGAAUUCUAUCCCAUUGUCUCUGCAACCUCACUUCUUGCAGCUAGCCUCUUGUUCAUCUCACUAGUUAUAGUUUCCUUUCUUGUUCUUUAUUUUAAAUUAUUUUUCAUUCUUAAUUAUGUAUAUACAUGUGAGUCUAUGUGUAGGUAUGUGUUCUGUUCCUCAGAAGUCAGAAGAGAUGGACAGAUUGCCUGGAGCUGGAGUUACAGGAAUUAUGAUCCACAUGAUAUGGGGACUGAAUUCAGUUCCUCUACAAGAGCAGUAUGUGCUCUUAAUUGCUGAGUCAUCUCUGCAGCCCCUCCUAUUUUGUUCUUCAAACAUAUCAAGAGCAUUCCCACCUCAGGGCUUUUGUACUUGCUCUGCACUUGUGAUUCCUUUCUAAGAUAGCUGCAUGGACUGCUUUUCACACCCAUCAAGUUAUAGGGUCAGCAGCUUCCAAAAUCUUUGAAUAGCUUACUGAUACUCUGUAAUACAUCCAUCCAGAUAUCAUUGCUGACAGCCCAGAGUCCUGCUCUUUAGCCUUGCCUGUGGAACAACAAAGAUUCUGGGAAACCAAAAAGGAAGAAUAACCUAGAACAGUGAUUCUCAACCUGCGGUCAUGACCCCUUUGGGGAUCAAACAACCCUUUCACAGGGGUUGCCUGAGACCAGAAAACACAGAUAUUUACAUUACCAUUCAU